AUGUCAAACCCUUCAAAGGACUUUGCCAGCAACGCACAAGAAGAUAUCUCAGAGAGCGAAAAUUGGGGAACUAAGAGUAAGAACAGCGACGCCUGUGAAGACCUGCCCCAGCUCACUGUUAAACUACCCCGCAUGAGUGAUAUCCAGGUACCAACAAAGCUUCGGAAACAUGCACGCCUUCCUGUCGACAUUUUGUUACUGACUGUAAAGGACUGUGAGUUCUCAGCUUGCUAUAUGAAUCUGAACAAUCCAUUCAAAUGUUGGUUUGAUGAUGUCGGUUUUGUUUAUCUCGAGGAUGAGAAUGAAGGCCAAAAGGAGAAAGUAAAAGUCGCUUUAUUGCGAUGUCAUGAAGGUUCUGGUGGUCCAGGAGGCUCCAUAGUGACUACAAAAAAUGCUGUCUCAGUGCUUAAGCCCAAAGCAGUGAUUUUAGUUGGAACCUGCAGUAGCCUCUGUCCUGAGAAAACCAAAUUGGGUGAUGUUGUAAUAUCUGCAAAGUUGACAACAUAUGGAUUGAAGGUAGUGACAAACGAAAGAGAGCUGCACAAUAAUAUAAGAACGUUUGCUAGUAAACGAUUUCUUGACCUCAUUAAGGAUGCAGCACUUGGAUGGGAGGCUCCUUUGAAGAACUUAGAAGAUCGAGAAGUCAAAAUUCACAGCAGCGGUGAGCUGUUGAGCGUUCCAGAAGUAAUCAAUGCAGAAUGGCGGCGUAAACAGCUGGCUGAAAACUUUCCUCAAGUAGUGGCCAUUGACUCUGAAGCCGAAGGUAAUGAAAUCCCAGGGGAAAUAGCCUGGGUCAGGCUCUGUAAUAGGGGACAAAAGGUAAAAAAAAGCGGUGAAAGAGCAAAAACAAAUCGGCAAGCGAAGCGAGCCUAGCAAUGGACUGGGGGGGGGGGGGGCGGCGCCAGCUCACACUGCCAUUUUGUCCCCUUCCCAGACUCCCGUUCGAAUGGUCUUGAUGGUCUUUGAUCGCUGACUAUUUUUUUCUCCUUCCCCCUCCCCCUGCCCCCCACUGUGGAACCUGGUCUCAGGCUACGGGGAUUCGCGGGACAUAUCGUCAGAAAAUAAAGCUAGACCUCUCGGGGAGACCAAUCUGGGUGUAGUUCAGUUUUUAGUUGAACUCUAAAACAGACUAUACUAAAAUGGGCAACGUUGUCUUUAACAUAGUGUGGCGGCGUUUUUUUUUUCUCCAUAUCCCUUUAGCCGCUACCCUAAGCGAUUGGCGAUACCUGCAAGGGUGAAAAUACUGGUCUCUUUCAUAUCGGUUUUCUAACUGCUCAGGAAUAAACUACAAAUGGGCGUUUUUCCUCCAUUUAAAAGUAGUCGGGUCAUUGCGUCGACACCCGUCGUAUGUAUAGUCCAAAGAGACCCUUGUAGCCUUUCACCGAGUUCUUUAGAGAAGUACAGGUUAGAUAAACAUGGCGUUUUUGAAAUAACUUUUCCAAGGUAGUUAGGUUUUUAGGCUUUGUAAAUGAUUAUAAAUGAUUUUCCCCAAUUUUAAAAAAUUUUAAAAUAAAAUUAUUCAUUGAAGAUUAAGGGAAUUUCAAAAAACCUAUGGUUAAUCUGAUUUCGAGGACGAUAAUUACAAAAAAGAACGUCACUAUUGUAAUUUUUCGUCAGUAACUUUUUUGUUCAUGAAACCAAAAUAUCGAUCGCAGAUCCCUUCAUAUCUGUUUGUAAAAUUUUGACCAUGAGAACAGUCAAGCGCCCAAAUUAUAUGUGAAGCGGGUCGAUCUGUGAGCCUAGUUUCAGCGUCAGAAUGAUAUGUUUCUUCCAGGACAACUAUUCUUUAGCAUUCUUGGCAUCCCUUUGUCUCAAACACAGUAGCCUUGUAUAACGAUUUUGAUUUAGCCUUGAAGAGUAGCAACCCAUACCUGUUACGAUUCACAAACUGAAUUUACAGGUUGUGAUAACGCACCUUUUUAUUUGAUAUCCUGCCCUACAAGUUUAUUUCUCAUCUAUAGAUGGCCCUAUUUAUGAGCGGUGUGUUUCUGUCGCAGGACUUUACACAGCCGCAUUUGACCUGCAAGUUGAAUGGCUUGUUGUAAAAGGAAUUGCUGAUUAUGCCGAUGGCAGCGUGAGUACAAAUGAAAAUUGGAGCGAAUUUGCAAGUGCUAAUGCUGCUUCUUUAGUUGCCAAAAUUUUGAAUGAUGCUGUUGUCUUCCAAAGAUGGCCUCACUAUCAAGGAAAUGAUGAUCAUGUUAACAAAGGUAAGUUUGUUUCACUAGUUAAUAUAGAAUGUACUAUCCUUACAUGUUUCUUGGCAUACCCUUAAGCGAUUUAAUGGCCACUUAUGUUCAUACACUCUUAUGUUACAUGUAUUUUUUGUUUACGAUGUUAUGUACUAGCUGAGCACCCCCGGUAGGAGGGGUACUCCCAAAUAUGUCAACGGUGUGUACCGCCCAGGGUCUUAUAAUAAUAAUAAUAAUAAUAUUUAUACCCUGACCCUAUUUAACUGGAUGAGAAACACAAGAGCUGAUACCCAAUUAAACAAUUUAAGAAGAAAACAAAACCUUAUGAAUUUAACGGAAACACAUAAAUCUUCUUGACAUCGCUUUCCUAAUACUCUAAAGUAAGUUCAGCUUUAGCAGAUGAUUUGUUUCUCCUCAAGCUUGGCACUUACGUACUUGAAUGUUAGCUGAUAUAAUAACGCUACCCUAUCUAAGGAUUACACCGCGAAUACAACGCCAUAAGGCCAAGAGUCCCUCAAAAAUCAUACCCUAAAGGGCGGCACAUACCUAUCUAACCCAUUGUACUAAGCCAAGCCCAUAACUGUGAGUACCCCCCCCCCCCCCGUAUAUAGACCACUCAUUUCAUGCAGUGUAAGCGUCACCAAACUUGACAAAAUUACUUAAUUUAAUUUGCAACUCGAAAACAGAAUCGCGCUUGAUUGACACUCAGGAAUAUAUAUAUAUAUAUAUAUAUAUAUAUAUAUAUAUAUAUAUAUAUAUAUAUAUAAAAAAAGAUGUGAACUCUACUACAGUAGAACCACGAUAACUCGAACUCGGAUAACUCGAAUUCCUCGCUAAUUAGAGCAAAAUUUCCUUUCCCUAAUCAAAAUUUCAAUGAAAUUUACCUCGAUAACUCGAUUUCCCGCUAAUUCGAACUGUUUUUCGUUUCCCUUCGGAGUUCGAGUUACUGGGGUUCUACUUGGCUGUUGUUCAUGUUUCUCUCCCCGUGCAAGGGAAUCCAAGACAGUCUUAGUUUCUCGACUCCACGCUGUGGAUUCUGGAUUCUAGGUAUUGGAUUCCGGAUUCCAAUCGUUAGUAGGAUUCCGAAUUCCUUAAGCUGUAUUCUGGAUUCCAAACUCAGGAUUCCGGAUUUCAUAAGCAAAGUUUUCCCGGAUUUGGAGAUCCGGAUUACCUUACAUGAGGCGGACGUUUCCCUCUACAGAAGUUUAUAAGAACUAAAACCAGCAAAGUUUUUAUUUCACGCAGUAGGCAUAAACAAAACUAAAUGGGUAGCGGUCGAGAAAAGGAUUGCCAAAUUUGUUUGCUUAUAUGUCACUUAAGAUUCUUAAAAAUACGAAACCAUAUAUCACUGCUGUUACAGGUGUGAGACCAUCGCUAUCUUUACCUUCCCUUCCUGCAAUGGUUCCUAAUUUUACUGGACGUCAAAGCGAAUGCGAAGAGAUUACUGGUCACGUGACUUCUGAAUCUACCCGGCUCGUGUCGAUCUGGGGUUCACCUGGAUUCGGAAAAACAUCGGUUGCUAUUGCAGUGGGACACGAUCUCCAGUCUAAAGGAAUGCCGGUCUGUUGGCUUUCAUUACGUGAACUGAAAACAAAAACAGAUCUCACUUCAAAGCUUCUAAGCUUUGUUAAGCCAUCUGUCAGAAAUGACCAUCCAUCCUUUUCGCAUCCGUCCCUUGAUGAUCAGCUUUGUCUUCUUUUAAGCGAAAUUUCCGAUCGAUCUAUUUUCAUUCUUGAUAAUGCUGAUAAUUUAUUAGAAGAUGGUGAACCGGGAGUGAAGAAAGAGGUCAUAGGACUUUUGAAAGAAAUUCUCAGGCGAAGUAAGGCCGCCAUAUUUGCUCUAACAACAAGAGAGUCGCUAGGUUUUCUGAAUGUGGAUUUGCAAGGUCACCAGAGUGUAAGGAUUAGACCAUUGGAUGAAGACUCUGCAAAGACGUUAGUAAAAGCCCUUCUUCCUACAGCAAGUUCUUCAGACUGUACACGAAUCCUGCAAAUCUGUGGACUUGUACCCUUUGCAAUAAGGUUAUUGUGUUCCUCAAUUUCUGAAGGUGAGGCUGAACCAAGCCAGUAUCUCGAUGAAUUCAUGCAGUUCGCCUCCAGAGCGAGUAUCGCCGAGAGGUUAGACAGGCCAGAUUACCCAGACGAGUACAGAUUACAGUCUCUUUUUGACUUAUCUUUUGAGAGGCUAACUGCACAAGAGAAAAAAGCACUAGUGUCAUUGAGUAUUCUACCAGAGAAUUUUGGUACGGAGGUCGCUGGUGCUGUUUUAGACAAAAAAAAUCUUCAGGCCAAGAAGGUAUUGCACGGCCUUCGGAGAAAGUCACUUCUUGAUUCAGAUGUGAAACAAGAGUUAUUUACGAUGCACAAGCUGCUACAAUCAUUUGCAAGAGAAAAAGGACAAAAUGAAAUGAAAGACACGGUCCUUAAAUCAAAGGACCGAUUGAACGCGUUUUACGUGUCCCUUUUUCAAAAGCUAAACGAGCAGUUUCUGACCGGUCAUUCAAUGAUAGCGUUUCUUAAAUUCUAUGAAGAUGAGGAAAGAAUUAUUCAAAGCCUUUUAAAUACGCUUGCGAAUGCGAAGGCAGCUAACACUGUUUUUGAUGUGUUAUCUAAGGGAGAGUUGUUUCUUGCUACUCUUUUUUUUAAGGAAGCAUCAACCUUUAACAAGAUAUACGAUUCAGCAAUUGAGGCUACGAAGAGGUUUGAGAGAACCGAAUCUUACAGUCGAUUACUUGUUUCAAAGGCGUUUGGAGAAGCAUGUUGGGGUGCAAAGGGAAGUACGAUGCAGUUGCUUUGUAGAGCAGAGGAAGCUGAAGCUGAAGCACUGCCUUCAAUUUCUAUGUCAGAACUACAAGGAAAACGUCUGUGUUAUUUAGGUAUCAACCACCUUGUUAACGGCAAGACCGAAGAUGGAAUUCGGAAUUUGCAAGACUCUCUUCAGAUGUUCAAUGGAAGUCCAGAUCAGAAAAGUCUUACGCUCAUUACUCUUCAAAUUCUUGCAAUAUUUUCCCCAUUUCAAAACACUUCCACGGAAUUAAAUGAAUUGCUUUGCAGUGCGGCGGGAGAUACAGACCAACUGCCGGUGUUAUCUUUAAAACAAGGGGAAGGAAGGAAACUUAGCAAUGUGACAGAAAAUCAAAGAGGUAUUAUCGGCGUAUCUGACAACCCUUUAAAACUGGAAAUGAUUUUUAUCGUAAGCCAGACCAUGCAGAAUUUCUUAAAUGCUGAAACUAAACAACAUUUCACAAAUAUUUUACAUGACAUGCUGAGCCAGAUCGAAAGAGAGGAGCACAUCUCCGUAGGUGUCUGUAAAUUUCAUAGGCAGCUUCUGUAUGUUUUAGGUAAAAUGGAAGAUACCACAUUACAAUGUGUAAUGAGAAUUAGUUUCCAUGAAGAAGCUCUAGAUCGGUGUAGUGAAAAAACACCCUUGCACCUGGUACACAAGGAAGCACUUGCAGCGUGCUAUGAAGCCCUUGGAACCACUCAACAUUCACUUGGAAACUUCAACGAAGCACAAAAUUGUUAUCAGCAUGCACUUGACAUCCGCCUUAAACUGUUUGGAGAAGAACACGCAAGCACUGCUGAUAGCUAUAAUAACCUUGGCACCACUCAACAUUCACUUGGAAACUUAGACGCAGCACUGGAUUCUAAACAGCAUGCACUUGACAUCCGCCUUAAACUGUUUGGAGAAGAACACGCAGACACUGCUGAUACUUAUAAUAAACUUGGCACCACUCAACAUUCACUAGGAAAGUUCAACGCAGCACUAGAUUCUUAUCAGCAUGCACUUGACAUCCGCCUUAAACUGUUUGGAGAAGAACACGCGAGCACUGCUGAUAGUUAUAAUAACCUUGGAGCCACUCAACAUUCACUUGGAAACUUCAACGCAGCACUAGAUUCUAGACAGCAUGCACUUGACAUCCGCCUUAAACUGUUUGGAGAAGAACACGCGAGCACUGCUGAUAGUUAUAAUAACCUUGGCACUACUCAACAUUCACUUGGAAACUUCAACGCAGCACUAGAUUCUAGACAGCAAGCACUUGACAUCCGCCUUAAACUGUUUGGAGAAGAAAACGAGAGCACUGCUGACAGUUAUAAUAAGCUUGGCACCACUCAACAUUCACUUGGAAACUUAGACUCAGCACUAGAUUCUUAUCAGCUUGCACUUGACAUGCGCCUCAAACUGUUUGGAGAAGAACACGCGAGCACUGCUACAAGUUAUAAUAACCUGGGAGCCACUCAACAUUCACUUGGAAAGUUCAACGCAGCACUAGAUUCUUUUCAGCGUUCACUUCACAUCCGCCUUAAAUUGUUUGGAGAAGAACAUACAGUAACUGCUAAUAGUUAUUAUAGCCUUGGCACUACUCAACAUUCACUUGGAAAGUUCAACGCAGCACUAGAUUCGUUUCAGCAUGCACUUGACAUGUGCCUCAAAAUGUUUGGAGAACAAAACGCAAGCACUGCUAAUAGUUAUAAUAACCUUGGAGCCACUCAACAUUCACUUGGAAACUUCAACGCAGCACUAGAUUCUAGACAGCACGCACUUGACAUCCGCCUUAAACUAUUUGGUGAAGAACACGCAAGCACUGCUGAUAGUUAUUGUAACCUUGGCACCACUCAACAUUCACUUGGAAACUUCAACGCAGCACUAGAUUCUAGACAGCAUGCACUUGACAUCCGCCUUAAACUGUUUGGUGAAGAACACGCAAGUACUGCUGAUAGUUAUAAUAACCUUGGCACAACUCAAUAUUCACUUGGAAACUUAGACGCAGCACUAGAUUCGUUUCAGCAUGCACUUGACAUGUGCCUUAAACGGUUUGGAGAAGAACACGCAAGCACUGCAAAAAGUUAUAAUAAUCUUGGAGCCACUCAACAUUCACUUGGAAACUUAGACUCAGCACUAGAUUCUAAACAGCGUGCACUUGACAUCCUCCUUAAACUGUUUGGAGAAGAACACCCAAGCACUGCUGAAAGUUAUAAUAACCUUGGCACCACUCAACAUUCGCUUGGAAACUUCAACGCAGCACUAGAUUCUAGACAGCGUGAACUUGACAUCCGCCUUAAACUGUUUGGAGAAGAACACGCGAGCACUGCUGAUAGUUAUAAUAACCUUGGCACUACUCAACAUUCACUUGGAAACUUCAACGCAGCACUAGAUUCUAAACAGCAUGCACUUGACAUCCGCCUUAAACUGUUUGGAGAAGAACAUGCAGUGACUGCUAAUAGUUAUUACAGCCUUGGCACCACUCAACAUUCACUUGGAAACUUAGACGCAGCAUUAGCUUCUAAACAGCACGCACUUGAUAUCCGCCUUAAACGCUUUGGAGAGAAACACAGAAGAACUGCUGAUAGUUAUAAUAACCUUGGCAUUACUCAACAUUUACUUGGAAAGUUCAACGCAGCACUAGAUUCUUAUCAGCAUGCACUUGACAUCCGCCUUAAACUGUUUGGAAAAGAACACGCAAGCACUGCUGAUAGUUAUUGUAACCUUGGUACCACUCAACAUUCACUUGGAAACUUCAACGCAGCACUAGAUUCUGAUCAACGUGCACUUGACAUCCGCCUUAAACUGUUUGGAGAAGAACACGCAGACACUGCUGAUAGUUAUAAUAACCUUGGCACCACUCAACAUUCACUUGGAAACUUCAACGCAGCACUAGAUUCUAACCAGCAUGCACUUGACAACCGCCUUAAACUGUUUGGAGAACACCACGCAAGCACUGCUGAAAGUUAUAAUAACCUUGGCACCACUCAACAUUCACUUGGAAACUUAGACGCAGCGCUUGACUCUGAUAAGCAUGCACUUGAGAUCCGCCUUAAACUGUUUGGAGAAGAACACCCAAGCACUGCUGAUAGUUAUAAUAACCUUGGCACCACUCAACAUUUACUUGGAAACUUAGACGCAGCACUAAAUUCUUAUCAGCAUGCACUUGACAUCCGCCUUAAACUAUUUGGAGAAAAACACACAACCACUGCUGAUAGUUACAAUAACCUUGGCAAAACUCAACAUUCACUUGGAAACUUAGACGAAGCACUACAUUCGUUUCAGCAUGCACUUCACAUGUGCCACAAACUGUUUGGAGAAGAACACGCAAGCACUGCUGAAAGUUAUAAUAACCUUGGAGCCACUCAACAUUCACUUGGAAACUUCAACGUAGCUCUAGAUUCUUUUCAGCAUGCAGUUCACAUCCGCCUUAAACUGUUUGGAGAAAAACACGCGAGCACUGCUGACAGUUAUAAUAACCUUGGCACCACUCAACAUUCACUUGGAAACUUCGAAGCAGCACUAGAUUCUAAACAACAUGCACUUAAAAUCCGCCUUAAACUGUUUGGAGAAGAACACCCAGUGACUGCUGAUAGUUAUGAUAAUCUUGGAGCCACUCAACAUUCACUUGGAAACUUUGACGCAGCACUGGAUUCUAAACAGCAUGCACUUGACAUCCGCCUUAAACUGUUUGGAGAAGAACACGCAAGCACUGCUGAUAGUUAUAAUAACCUUGGUACCACUUAACAUUCACUUAGAAAUUUCAACGCAGCACUAGAUUCGUUUUAGCAUGCACUUGACAUCCGCCUUAAACUGUUUGGAGAAAUACACGCAAGCACUGCUGAUAGUUAUGAUAACCUUGGAGCCACUCAACAUUCACUUGGAAACUUCAACGCAGCACUAGAUUCUGAUAAGCGUGCACGUGACAUCCGCCUCAAACUGUUUCGAGAAGAACACGCAGUGACUGCUAAUAGCUAUUACAGCCUUGGCACCACUCAACAUUCACUUGGAAACUUCGACACAGCAUUCGAUUCUAAAAAGCAUGCACUUGACAUCCUCCUUAAACUGUCUGGAGAAGAACACCCAACACUGCUGACAGUUAUAAUAACCUUGGCACCACUUAACAUUCACUUGGAAAUUUCAACUCAGCACUAGAUUCUAAACAGCAUGCACUUGUCAUCCUGCUUAAACUGUUUGGAGAAGAACACUCAAGCAUUGUUGAUAGUUUUAAUAACCUUGGUACCACUCAACAUUCACUUAAAAACUUAGACGCAGCACUAGAUUGUUAUCAGCAUACACUUGACAUCCGCCUUAAACUUGUUGGAGAAGAACAUACAGUGACUGCUAAUAGUUAUUAUAGCCUUGGCACUAAUCAACAUUCCCUUGGAAACUUUGACGCAGCGCUAGAUUCUAAACAGCAAGCACUUGACAUCCGCCUUAAACUGUUUAGAGAAGAACACGCGAGCACUGCUAAUAGUUAUGAUAAUCUUGGCACCACUCAACAUCCACUUGGAAACUUAGACGCAGCACUAGAGUCUGAUCAGCAUGCACCUGACAUCUGCCUUAAACUGUUUGGAGAAGAAUACGCAGUGACUGUUAAUAGUUAUUAUAGCCUUGGCACCACUCAACAUUGACUUGGAAACUUUGACGCAGCACUAGAUUCUAAACAGCAUGCACUUGACAUCCGCCUUAAACUUUUUGGAGAAGAACACGCAAGCACUGCUGAUAGUUAUAAUAACCUUGGCAACACUCAACAUUCACUUGGAAACUUAGACGCGGCACUAGACUCUGAUCAGCAUGCACUCGACAUCCGCUUCAAACUGUUUGGAGAAGAACACCCAGUGACUGCUGAUAGUUAUGAUAACCUUGGCACCACUCAACAUUCACUUGGAAACUUCAACGCAGCACUAGAUUCUAACCAGCAUGCACUUGACAACCGCCUUAAACUGUUUGGAGAACACCACGCAAGCACUGCUGAAAGUUAUAAUAACCUUGGCACCACUCAACAUUCACUUGGAAACUUAGACGCAGCGCUUGACUCUGAUAAGCAUGCACUUGAGAUCCGCCUUAAACUGUUUGGAGAAGAACACCCAAGCACUGCUGAUAGUUAUAAUAACCUUGGCACCACUCAACAUUUACUUGGAAACUUAGACGCAGCACUAAAUUCUUAUCAGCAUGCACUUCACAUGUGCCUCAAACUGUUUGGAGAAGAACACGCAAGCACUGCUGAAAGUUAUAAUAACCUUGGAGCCACUCAACAUUCACUUGGAAACUUCAACGUAGUUCUAGAUUCUUUUCAGCAUGCAGUUCACAUCCGCCUUAAACUGUUUGGAGAAAGACACGCGAGCACUGCUGACAGUUAUAAUAACCUUGGCACCACUCAACAUUCACUUGGAAACUUCGAAGCAGCACUAGAUUCUAAACAACAUGCACUUAAAAUCCGCCUUAAACUGUUUGGAGAAGAACAC